AUGUCAUCCCAGAUCAGCCUUCGCAGAUCAUGCCAAGCAUGCGCAAAGCUCAAGCGCCGCUGCGACCAGCGUCUACCACAAUGCACCCGAUGCGCGGCGAAAGGAACCCCCUGCGAAUACAUCAACACGCCAUGGGCAGUGGGAAAGCGGUCAAAUGGACCCCCAGCAAGCGUUAAAGAAACUAGCUCGAUAAAUCCGCCAUUGCAUUUGGAGAUCAUCAAGACGUUUGAUGGGGCCAUCAUUCGGUUCUUGGUGGACGGCAUACGGACGUUUCCGGUGACUUUCGCGCAGCAGAUGAAGACGCUGUUUAUUCAUCCUGAUUUAUACAGGAGUUCGUCGCAUUCGGGUCCAAUUCAGGAGAUUCAUACGCUUUGCAAGUCGUAUGAGAGUGAGGUUUAUUCGCCGCGGCUGUUUGGUAUUUUGCGGCAGAAGGCGGUUCAGAUUCACCGCCACGCUACCCGCACCUCUUCAUUCGAGGAGCUUCUCUUCUGCGUGCAGGCAUUAAUUCUCGCGCACUGCAUACUGUCUUUUGAUGACCACGAGAACAGCCAAUACUGCGAAGCAACAAGCACCAUGCUAACCAAUAUGGCCUUGAAGCUAUGGCACCAAGCACCCAUCCAACUCCCGCAUGCAAUGAGUGCGCGACGAGCAUGGCUUUUCGCAGAGAGUGUCCGGCGCACAAUCAUCAUUGCAUACAUGCUCUGCAGCGCAUACUCAUUCGGAAAAAGGAGCUUUUCCGUCCGCACACCGUUCGUGGACGCGUUGCCGUUCGACGUCCGGACAUCCUUGUGGGAUGAACCGGCUGAUAGCGAGUGGGAAGAAAAGGCGAGACAUGCACCUGUGGCGAUGGUUUCGCUACGGGAGUACUCGGAUAUGUUGGAGGGGGGAAGGGUUCAUGGGAUUUCGUUCUUUGGGAGUUUGAUUCUUGCGGCGUGUAGGGGGUUGCCGGCGAAGAUGGUUGCGUUUCCGCCGGUGCAGGGCUACAGAGAGAUAUCUCUUUGA